AUGGCUACUACUUACCAACAACAACCUUCUUGGGUCUCCGAUACGACUACGAACCCAACAUGGGAACCUAAUGCUUCCCAUCUCUACCAAAUUUCCAACACGGCGUUCCGGCACCAUUACAAUGUGACCACCGCCACGGGCGAGCAGCUCUACCGGGUGGAGAACUCCUCCCUCACGCCCAACAAGCCCGACCUCACAUUUCAUGCCGGUUCCGACAACAAUGGCCCUACGGUGGCAGUGUGCAAGUUCCUGCAUUUCUCUAGACAUCUUAAGGUCGGCCUGGGGGAUCCGAGGGACGUCAAUUCCAUAACCUACGAGGAUCUGCUUGCGCAAGACCACCGGCACGCCAAGUAUCGCUGGCAGAUGACCAUGCAGGCUGCGAAUGGCUACGAACGGCAAUCAUUCCUCUGGACACGAACGCACAACGUCGGGGUCCAGGAGGAUAGCAAGACGAACAAGUUCAGCAACCGCAACUUCAAAUUGGUCGAGGAACAGACCGGCAGGGUCGUCGCGGUCUUUACCAACUCGGUCUGGGCGUUCAAGGACACGGGCAGGCUUCAGGUAUACGUUGACUACGGACGGGAUUUCGAUCUGAUGGCACUGACGACGGUGCUGGCAUUAUACGAGAAGGCCCGCCGGCGUCGAGACGCAUCUGCCGCCAGCGGCGGCGCUGCCGGGGGUGCUGCGAUCCUGAGCGGGUGUGAUGAGCAACGGCCUUCCUGCUCGAACUGCUCCAAACGCCAGUCGACCUGCGAGUAUGAUUCCAGCACGUCACUGCUAUGGACCAACGAAGAGUCCCAACCCUGUCAGCGGGCCAAAAAGGCCACCCGAAAAGGGGCCCUGCAGUCGGAGUCCCCGUCGACCACGACAGCCAACUCCUUCAGCUUUCUAGGCAGAUGGGGCGAUGAAUUCGCCGCCCCACAGGCGGUCCCCAGCCUGAACAUCACCGAUCUGGAGUUGAUGAUGCAGUGGUGCAACUCAACCUACAAAAAUGUGUCCCGAGGCGAGAAGACGGACCACAUCUGGCGCGCCCGGACGCCCGAGGAAGCCCUUGCGCAUCCGUUCCUGAUGCAUGGGUUACUGGCGCUCUCCGCCCUCCACAUCGCGCAAACAAGGCGGGAUAUCCAGCAACGUCCAGCAUACCUCAGUACCGCGGUUGCGCAUCAGACCCAAGCACUCGCUCUGUUCCGGGACCUAUUGGGCGAUAUCAACGCGUCCAACGCAAAAGCUAUGUUUGCUUUCGCCAGCGUCGUCGUUUAUUACACGUUCGGCCUGCCUCAUUCGCCCGAGUCCAGUGAUCCGUGGGCCAUUGUGGAUGAUCUGAUUCAGAUUUUCACGCUGGCGCGUGGCGUCCAACAGGUUCUGGGCGAAGCAACACCGGUUAUUCAAGCCAGUGAAUGGGGGGUUGUUUUGCAGGUAGGUGACCUCGAUGAGGGUUACCUGAAAGACGCACGAUCCGCUCUGAGACGACUACAGGAGGUGAACAGUUCCUGCGGUGCUCAAGACCCUACCCACGAUGCCGCCACUUAUCAGCAUGCGCUUGAGCUACUAGCAGACAUGCUGGCAAUGGCGCGCGGUGGUAUGCCCUCUGCCUCGGCUUCCGGCCGCUGGGCGAUCCGGCAGAAACCCGAAUUUAUGGAUUUCCUGCGAGAACGUGAACCGCUGGCCUUGGUUAUCUUGGCAUAUCACUGCAUCAUCUUCCAUCACUCGAGGGAUGUCUGGUACAUUGGGGAUCGGGGCAGCAGGGUGGUUCGGGCAUUAUGGGAGGUUUUGGAUGAUGAGUGGAGGCCAUUGCUGGAGGGGCCUAUGCUGGAGAUUUUUGGAACGACCCAUCCGGUUGAUCCUAACUGA